AAUAAAAAUAAUAAUAAUAAUAAUAAUAAUAAUAAUAAUAAUAAUAAUAAUAAAGAUAAUAAUAGUAAUGAUAAUAAUAAUAAUAAUAACAAUUAUAAUGAUGAUAAUAAUGAUAAUAAUAAUAAUAAUGAUAAUAAUAAUAAUAAUAAUAAUAAUAAUAAUAAUAAUAAUAAUAAUAAUAAUAAUAAUAAUAAUAAUAAUAAUAAUAAUAAUAAUAAUAAUAAUAAUAAUAAUAAUAAUAAUAAUAAUAAUGAUAAUGAUAACAAGAACGAUAAUAAUAAUGAUAAUAAUAAUGAUAAUAAUAAUAAUAAUAAUAAUAAUAAUAAUAAUAAUAAUAAUAAUAAUAACAACAAUAAUAAUAAUAUUAAUAAUAAUAAUAAUGAUAACAACAACGAUAAUAAUAAUGAUAAUAAUAAUAAUGAUAAUAAUAAUAAUAAUAAUAAUAAUAAUAAUAAUAAUAAUAAUAAUAAUAAUAAUAAUAAUAAUGAUAAUAAUAAUGAUAAUGAUAAUAAUAAUAAUAAUAAUAAUAAUAAUAAUAAUAAUAAUAAUAAUAAUAAUAAUAAUAAUAAUAAUAAUAAUAAUAAUAAUAAUAAUAAUAAAAAUAAUAAUAAUAAUAAUGAUAAUAAUAAUAAUAAUAAUAAUAACAAUGAUAAUGAUAACAACCAAAAUAAUAUAAGCAUUGUUUGUGUUCCCUUCAGUACAACAAGGCGGCGGAGGGCGGCGACUGGGGUCUUCUGGCCAGGGUUGACUGAGUCCCGAGAAACCCAGCAGCGUGUGCGGGAGGACGAACCCAUCCAUCACGCUGCGGCAGCGGGGUGCCGAGCUGACGGAAAACGCGAUUAUGAUCACACAGUACACUGCCUGCUUGUGAUUGUACUAUGGUUUUGGGACUUAGACAAUAUUGGCACUUAUAAUCUGUCGAGCCGAGGCAAACCCCCCUCACGUCCGGCUAGCCAUUCUCUGCGCAUGCGCUGCAAACUCGUACAAGUAGACCAACAAGCCAACAUUAUAGAGAAGCAGCAGCAGUUCAUGGAAAUGAUUGACAGGAAGGAGAGGGAGAAGAACCUUGUCGUCCUGGGUCUGCCUGAUGAGAUUAAGAGUCUACAAGGUGUCAGUGAAGAUGCUGAUAAUAUCAAGAAAGUCUGGGAGAAGAUAGGAGCCGACUGGGAUCAGGUCGAGUCGUAUCGGAGGCUGGGAGUCAGAGGAAACCGCCCGCGACCCAUGCUGAUUACUAUGACGACAAGAGAUGCCAAGGAUAGCGCACUGAACACAAAGGCCCUGAAGACUGCUGGAGAAAGCUUCAACAGAGUGUAUGUUAAGAAGGAUGUCCACCCAAGUGUCAGAGCAGAAUGGAAACGUUUACGCGAUGCCGAGGAAAAAGAAAAGCAGCGACCAGAAAACGCAGGAUGUGAAAUUCGUCUGAACACUCGGGAAAAGAAACUCUACCGCGACAACGUUGUUAUCGAUACGUGGAGGCCGAAGUUUUUCCAAUUAAAACAAUGGUUCACACCAUAUCGAGAACAAGCCGGGGCUCAAGAGAUACGAGGAUGCGUGGAGCAUAUUGUGACUCUUCGCAUCCUGUGUGAUCUCGCAAGGCGAAAAAAGUAUAAAUUUUAUGUGACUUUCGUGAAUUUUUCCCAAGCAUACGACCUCGUGCCUCGCCAAAAAAAUAAUGACAUUCCUUUCUUUGUGAAAAGACGUUUGUUAGACGCGGCGCUCAUGUCAGCAUUGCUAUAUGGCUGCGAGUCUUGGCUGACUGCCGACCUUAAACCUAUAACGAGCCUUUAUAACCGCUGUAUGAAAGAGCUCCUGAUUGUUAGAAGAUCUACUUGCAACGAAGUCUACUAUAUAGAGGAUGGGUACCCAUCUCUUCGACAAUGUGUAAAGAAUAAACAACACAAAUUUUUCCGGAAGAUGUGGCAACAAAGAUCCGAUAUGGUAGACGACCCUCUCAUAUUUGUCAGAGAGAGAGAGAGAGAGAGAGAGAGAGAGAGAGAGAGAGAGAGAGAGAGAGAGAGAGAGAGAGAGAGAGAGAGAGAGAGAGAGAGAGAGAGAGAGAGAGAGAGAGAGAGAGAGAGAGAGAGAGAGAGAGAGAGAGAGAGAGAGAGAGAGAGAGAGAGAGAGAGAGAGAGAGAGAGAGAGAGAGAGAGAGAGAGAGAGAGAGAGAGAGAGAGAGAGAGAGAGAGAGAGAGAGAGAGAGAGAGAGAGAGAGAGAGAGAGAGAGAGAGAGAGAGAGAGAGAGAGAGAGAGAGAGAGAGAGAGAGAGAGAGAGAGAGAGAGAGAGAGAGAGAGAGAGAGAGAGAGAGAGAGAGAGAGAGAGAGAGAGAGAGAGAGAGAGAGAGAGAGAGAGAGAGAGAGAGAGAGAGAGAGAGAGAGAGAGAGAGAGAGAGAGAGAGAGAGAGAGAGAGAGAGAGAGAGAGAGAGAGAGAGAGAGAGAGAGAGAGAGAGAGAGAGAGAGAGAGAGAGAGAGAGAGAGAGAGAGAGAGAGAGAGAGAGAGAGAGAGAGAGAGAGAGAGAGAGAGAGAGAGAGAGAGAGAGAGAGAGAGAGAGAGAGAGAGAGAGAGAGAGAGAGAGUAA